GUUUGAGUGCACGACACGUUGCCACUUCUUUAAACGUUUCGCUCCUUCGUUCGGGGGAUGUUAGAUUUCUUCGUAAUUAUCUCAAAAGGAGGGAUCCGUUUGUGGUGUUUCCCCGGAUCGACCGAUUUAUUCAGGCUUUCAAUAAAUACAUUCCUAAAAUCACUCAUUUUGGAGGUUUUUUGUGGUUAGUGCUAAUUUUGCUCUUAAGGAAAAUGCCGGGCGCUCACCUUUUGUAUGUGACUCUAGAGCUAUGAAAUUUUAUAUGGACAAUGAAUUUAACCUAUUGUUCGUUGCUGCAUACCAAAAUGUUCUUCAGCUAAACUACGUGGAUAAGUUUUUGACAGACAUCGCUUUGGAGUUUAGAGACAAGUACAAAAACGAGCUUGAAAGUCAUAACAUCACUGGGUCCUUUGAAGAGUUUCUUCCCAUUUAUCAGGCCGUUCUUAAACAAACGGAGGAUGAAUUUCGGAACGUCCGCAAAAGUGCCAAACAGAUGCGGAAAUUCGAGGACUCUGAUAAGUCAAAAAAGACAGUUGCCUCCAUGAUUGUUCGGAAAGGCAGAAAUAAUGAAGGUGACAACAAGGAUGUUCCAGUCGUUUCGAAGGAAAAACCAGUUUCUAUUGAGUCCAGAGCUAAUGAGCCUUCAGCAGAUGACAUUGAUACUUUUGAACAGAAUAGAAUCAAAUUGGCUGCUAAAUUCAAGGCUUCGAAGAAAAGUAAAGAAUCUAAAAGCCCAUCAUCAUCACCUAUUCAAAAGCCUAAUGGAAAGCGCAUCAAAGAGAGCCGUCGAUGGGAUAAUGCCGCAACUGGAGAGGAAGCAGCUGCUUUAGACUUUAGUAAUGCGAAUCAUACAGAAAAGGAAAAGACGGAGUAUAAUUUUUCAGCAAUGGAGAUAGAGACACUAUCUCGUCUUCGUGGAACUAUGAAAGAUGAUUUAGACGAAGUUCAUGUAUCCUCAGACGAAGAAGACUUAGAAAACUUGGAAAUUGAGGAAGAUACAGCAAUUGAGCAAAACGGUGUACAGGCUGAUUGUCAACCACGAGAAAAUACAUCUCAAAACGGACAAACGAAGUCUGGCUAUCUUACUGGUGGAUUCGCUUCAAGCCUACUGCGUGGUUUACGCAUUGCUGGAGGUUCUGGACGUGUCUUGACUCAAGAAGAUAUUACACCUUGUUUGGAACAGCUCAGAGAACGUCUUGUUAGUAAAAACGUUGCUAUGUCGAUUGCUGAACGCAUUUGUUCUAGUGUGGCGGAUCGUCUGGUUGGUACAUCACUUGGAACUUUUGGAAGAAUUUACCCCCGUGUUCGAGCCAGUCUGGAAGAAGUUUGUUCUCGCAUUCUAGUUUCUGGUCGUCGUGUGGAUGUCCUUCGCGAUGCACUGGAUGCGCGUACUCAAGGAAGACCUUAUAGUAUUGUUUUCUGUGGAGUUAAUGGCGUUGGGAAAUCUACAAAUCUGGCAAAGAUUGCUUUUUGGCUUAUUGAGAAGAAUUUCCGUGUCCUUAUAGCUGCCUGUGAUACUUUUCGUUCUGGUGCUGUAGAGCAGUUGCGUACUCAUGUACGCAAGUUAAAUUAUAUACAUCCAGCUGAUCAACAUGGUGGGCAGACUGUGGUUGAGUUGUAUGAACAGGGUUAUGGUCGUGAUGCUGCUUCAAUCGCACGUUCUGCUAUUAAUUAUGCUCGUGAUCGUCAUUUUGACGUUGUGCUUGUGGACACAGCUGGGCGUAUGCAAGAUAACGAACCAUUAAUGCGAGCUCUGGCCUCAUUGAUUCAGUUUAACCAACCAGAUCUAGUAUUGUUUGUUGGUGAAGCAUUGGUCGGUAAUGAAGCGGUUGACCAGUUGGUUAAAUUCAAUCAAGCUCUGUCUGAUCAUAGUUAUUCUGAUCGUCCUAGAACAAUUGAUGGUAUUGUUCUAACUAAGUUUGAUACAAUUGAUGAUAAAGUUGGAGCUGCUAUUUCCAUGGCGUGUAUUUCCAACCAGCCUAUUGUGUUCGUUGGCACAGGUCAAACAUACUCUGAUCUUCGUCAGUUAUCAGUGAAUGCGGUUGUGAAAGCUUUGAUGAAGUAACUACCAUCGCAUGUCAAUUAAAGUGUGUCUGACCCCACAGUUUUCAUUUAUUUUCUAUUCCUUUUUUUUAAUUUCAUCCCAAUGUUUAAUCUAUUAUCGUUUCUUUUCAUUUGUUCGCUUGUUUUGUGGAUCAUCUUUUGUUUGUCUCUUGUUUAGAGACACUGGCUCAAAUCAAUUGUAGUUUUUGUUCUUAGUGUUAUUGUAGGAAUUUAUUCACACCCUUAUUUCUUUAUUUCUAACUUUCAAUAGUCCUCAUUACCUUCUUCGCCUUCCUUGCUUCACUGUUGUCACACAUCUUUGCAGUUUAUAUUGUGCUGUACAACCAUUACUGCUUAUAUAUAUAUAUAUAUAUAUAUAUAUAUAUAUAUAUAUAUAUAUGGCCUAUGGGAACACUUAUCAAAGAGUUUUGUUUUCUACUUUUCCUCAUGUUAUUUUGAGAUAAAUUCAUGAUUACCAUCUGUGUUAUAUCAUUACUUGAAGUGUUCUUUUAUGUAUUGCUUUGUUUUUUCCUCUCCCUUAUGUAUGUGCUUAUAAUUUAAGAGUAAUUGUGAUACACUUAUUGUGUAUGUGUAGUAUGUGGUGUGAUAAUCCCUAUAUCACAUACACAUACACCUUUUAUACAUUGAGAUGGUAUUUGUUGUAUCUUGUCUUCAACUUCUUUUAUUGUUGAGAUCAGAUUAUUGUUUCCUUUUUGUGUAUAUCUCACUGCACUUACAACUGGUUACGUAUAUUAUUUUUAAAAAAAAUGUAUUUCCGGUUUGUAAUUUUGGUUACAUUUUUAGAUAAUCAGUUGAUUGAUGUAGGCACAACUUACAACCACUGUGUACAUAGUUCGAUUUCACUCUAUUUGAUAUAAUCAGGUGCAU